AUGGCGGCUGGCGCGGCGCGCUGCGGGAGCCUCGGCUGGGCCAAGCUGUGCCGGCCGCCGCUGGCCGCCCGGGGCGCCUUGAAAGCAGCGAGCGGCCGCGGAGCACCCGGCCCGCGGCGCCUGCACCAGGCGGCGGCCCCCGCGGAGGGGCUCACCCGCGCGUGGCAGCUGGAGGGCGUCAGGAACAUCGUUUUGAACAAUCCUCGGAAAAGAAAUGCCCUUUCCCUCUCCAUGCUGAGAUCUCUCCGCAAGGACAUUCUGCACGAUAUUGAAAGCCCCGACGUGCGAGUUAUUAUCAUUUCAGGCGAAGGACCAGUUUUCUCCUCUGGCCACGACUUAAAAGAGCUGACGGGCAAGGAGGGUGAGAAGCACCACCUCAAAGUCUUUGAGACCUGCUCUGAGGUCAUGACUUUGCUUCGUAAGCUCCCUGUGCCCGUCAUCGCCAAGGUGCACGGCCUCGCGACGGCAGCCGGCUGCCAACUGGUAGCAAGCUGCGACAUUGCGAUAGCCAGUGAGGCAGCGAGGUUUGCCACGCCUGGAGUGAACGUCGGGCUGUUCUGCUCCACGCCAGCGGUGGCCGUGGGGAGAGCUCUUCCGAGAAAGGUCGCGCUGGAGAUGCUGUUCACGGGAGAGCCGAUGACGGCCCAGGACGCAUUUCUGCACGGGCUCGUCAGCAGAGUGGUACCAGAGAACAUGUUGGAAGAGGAGACCGUGAGAAUUGCCCGCAAGAUCUGUGAGAGCAGCCGGUCCGUUUUGGCUCUGGGGAAAGCCACGUUUUACAAGCAGAUUGAAAAAGACAUUGCCACUGCCUACAGAAUAACUUCUCAGGUCAUGGUGGACAACCUAGCCCUCAAAGAUGGCCAGGAAGGAAUCGAGGCCUUCCUCUCUAAACGCAAGCCUGCCUGGUCUCAUUCGUAAAACGAUGCUUUCCAAGGGACACCCAUCCCCUUUUAAAAACCAUGUUCAGUGCUGUGAAGAUCUUGCGAUCACGCGAGCUGAUGCUUUCUUUUCCUGAAAAUCAUAGGGACUAGUAUCUUGUUUAUAUAAUAUAAUAGGUGCUGCUUAGAAAUAAUAGAUGGACUAUUUGGUCUUCACAAAAUACGCACCAGGCAUACCUUGAUUUGUUAAUUCAUCGAGGUGCAAUAUGAUUCAGGAAAUCACCAACAGUUGUAAUAUUGUGAAAGAAAGUAGGCUGUGUUUAUAGUUGGGUGGUUUAAUUGGAGGAUGUAAGGAGCUGUCUUGAUACUGAGACUCAUUCAGUACAGUCACUUCUCUGCAGGGCUCACUUCCCCUUGUCUGGUCAAAAGUCUAAAUUGAGCUUCAACCAUUUUAAGAGGCCAGGUUGGGAAGGCUAAACUACAGUGAUGCCAGGUGCUGGCAACUGAAAAGAUGGCCUUGUAAAUGUGGCCACAUAUCCCCAAUUCCUUUGUCCCUUAAGAAAAGCAAUGGCUUUUCAUUAAGAGAGUCCAUCCUGAGAGCUUUCUGGACACUCCGUCGCCACAGCAGGGCAAGGGCUGGCACGGAAGGAGGACUGCUGUUUAUGCAGCCAGUCCUUCUGGGAGCCCACUCUGCAGCAGCCAGCAGGGGGCACCAGCAUCCCUGAAAGACACCCCUGGAGGAGCUGCAGAGCCAGACAAGCCAGAAACCAUCCCAAGGGCUCUGGGCAGGACAUUUCCACUGGCCUGAUGUAUAACUGCUACCAUAAAGUGACCCAGGUGGGAAGGAUGCUGCGGUCCAGCUUCUUAACUGGGCUGUGCAGAGAGAGGUCCAGCUCUCAAGUUACUGCCUCCCUAGGAAGGCUCUUCAGAUUCAGAAGAGGUGGCAGAAGGGCAGAGAGGAGGCAGGUGAGGCAGUGCCAAGGGGACCGAGUGAAGAUGCUCAGAGCAAGCGUGAGAGCCAGCCCACCUUGGGAAGGGGGGGAGACAUUUCCGAACAGGGUGGGGUGGUAAUUGAGGGGGAGUCGGGAUGUUCCUGAGAAGCAGGAAGCGUUUCAGUUUGCUUUCAACUCUUCCCAUGGGCAGACGCUGCUCCCACAUCUCUAACAAGUUGUUGUUUUGAUUUAUGCUGCGUUGCAACCUUCAGAGCUCCAAUAAAGGACUGUGCUUCUAA